AUGGAAGAUUUGAUGGUGGAAAAUCUUUUCAUUGAAGCUGCUCUCUUUGCACUGCUCAGCCUUGCCUAUGGCAGUGAACGAGCCAAAACCCGCCUGCUGAUUGAGCACACAUUAGCUAGCCUCUGUGGUUGCAGCGCGAACCAGCUAGUGAUUGUGAUUGCGUCUUCUGGAGCUAUACAAGUUCUAAUUGAGAUUCUUAGUGGAGAUUAUGCCAAUGAGAUCGUGCCAUUAAUCAUUUCUUCUGGCGUAGUAUUACCAUUGCUUCACCUAAUCCGCGGCAAAGAGAAAUCAUCAGAGAUGGUGGAAAAGGCCAUUAUGCAGCUUGAAAACGUAAUUUCUUUAUCAGGGAAUGCACUUCAGGAAACUGCUUCUACCGGUGGAGCAAUUGGAGCAUUGGGGGAGGCAAUUGAAGAUGGAUCUUCACAAGCAAAGAGCAUUCAGCAGAAAUCCUCCUGCUCUUAUGCCAAAUUUGCAGAGAGACAUACAGAGGAUUUAUUUUGA